AUGCUGCUGCAGCAAGGGGCUCGUGCUGCAGCAGCUUCAGCAGCUGCUGCAGCACUGCACACUCGGAUGGUGCAUGCGGCAGCAACACGAGCAGCAGCAGCAGCAACAACAGCAGCAACAGAAAGAAGAGCAGCAGCAGCACAAUAUGGGGUGGCGGCCAUCCGAACUGCGGACUUGCUGCAGCGCUUGCUGCCAAACCGCUGCAGCUGCAGCAGCAGCAGCAGCACGAGCAGAAGUAGUAGCAGCAGCAGCAACAGCAGGAAUAUUAGGAGGAACGAAGGGGCUGUGCUGGGGUGUACAUGCAGCUCCCGCCCCUUUUACUGCUACGUUGCCUCUUCACCGCAACUACCAAAUUUGUUAUCUCCGACCAACCGCAGCAACAGCAACAGCAGCAGCAGCAGCAGCAACAGCAGCAGCAGCAGCAGCUGGAGGGUAGUUCGAAGCUACACGACUGCCAGCGUCGGCGUCAGCGACGGGCCCACUAAAGACAGCAGCAGCAGGAGCAGCAGCAGCAGCUUUUCUGAUCUUGACGAUGACAGUAACAGGAGCAGUAAGAGGAGCAGUAACAGCAGCAGCAACAGCAACAGCAGCAGCAGCAGCAGCAGAAACGAGAGGAGUUCGUAUCUUUGUUUGGGUGUUGCAGCAGUGAAAGGGGCAUUGUCUUACGCCCUUGUUGAUGGUGUCACUUUGCAGCCGCUGAGAUUUGGGCUGUUUGACUGGACAGCAGCAGCAGCAGCAGCAGCAGCAGGAAGAAGGGGGCCCCUCAGCCUUGCAGCGAAGACGCAGCAAGUAAUGCAGGUUCUCUCGCAACUCAGAGACCAACAGCAGCAGCAACUGCAGCAGCAGCAGCAGCAUCAGGACAGGGGCGAUGCUUGCGUAGCGAGCAGCAGCAGCAGCAGCAGCAGCAGUGGGAGGUGCCGUUGGGUGGUGGGUUUGCAGGCAGCUUUGCGGCUGCCGCGUUCAGUGUUGGAUUUGCAGCAGCAGCAGCAGCAGCAGCAGCUGCAGGGCUCUCUGUCUGUCUCCUUAGCAGCUCUCUUUCGCGUCUCCGAAGUGCAGCAAGUCGAUCCGCAAGCAGCGAGACAGGUCCUAGGAGCAGCAGCAGCAGCGGCGGCUAGCGGGCAGCUGAGCAGCUAG